GGAAACAUAGAUGAAUCUCGUCAAAGAGCACAGCAGCUGCUCAGCCUACUCAAACAAUCCCAAAUUCUUUCCAAAAAGAAAUGUUAUAAUGGUGAUGAGACUGAGAACUUGUCAGUUGAGAGAAAAGGGAAAAGGUUGGUCGUAUAUACUUUGGUGUUGAUAAACAAGAAUAACCAUAGCAGAAACAGAACAACAACAACAACAACAACAACAACAACAACAACAACAACAACAACAACAACAACAACAACAACAACAACAACAACAACAACAACAACAACAACAAUGGCCACACAUUGGCAACCCACAAACAACAACAAAUUUCAAGCAGAUAAUUAAUAGGCACAACAGAAAUAAACAAUGUGAAUAACAACUGCAACAAUGGCAACAGCAAUAACCAGAACAAUUAACAACCGAAACAAUACCAUCACCAUGAUCACAAUUACUAACACCAGCACAUUAUUUCUUGUUUUAGAGGGAAAACCAUCGGCCUGGGAAAUGGGCAGAGGAAGUCAAAAGAGUUUGAGGAAUUUGUGCUAGAACAACGAAAAUACCUCCGAGAAGAGCUGAAGCUUUGUGAACAAGCCACUCAGAGAGUACUUUGUUAUUCCAAUAAUUUCUUACACAAAAAACUAAAGACUGAUCCAACAGUGAGUUUUUCCAAAUAUUUUAUUGGGAUUUUGUUGCCCAAUUAAUAACUCCAACAUUGUAUAGCUAGUUUGGUUGCAUUAUCCCAUUGAGUGGCAGCACUCUCCCCCUGACAAGUAUAUAAAAUCAUCUGGCAUUAGACAGAGUAAAAUAAUAAAGUAGGGUGCAUCUGGGCAGAUUGCCACUUAUAGCAAUAUCAUGCAACAGAGGCUCGUCAACUUACAGUUAUCAUAGUGAGAAAGUAUAAUAUUAAUAAUUUUAUUAGACGUACUGGUCUUGUAUUUGGUGGCAAAUAAGUAAUAAAACAAAAUAGAGAGAUGUACAGUAGCGGAGUUGUUCAUUUUUUCGCCCUAUGAAAGUGUUAUUUAUUUUAUAACAUUAAUUCUGAAGUUGAUUACCUACUGCUGUCCUGUAACCCAUAUUGUACUAAAACACACAAAGAACUAAAAAGACAAAAAAAGUGAGUCUUCGACGGAAGUUAUGUAAUUUUCGUUUUCUAGAAACCAUUGCGUGUUGAACGACAGAAGGGCCAGGCCAUACUUGGAAAAUUAAAACCCAUUGCGGAACUGUCGAAGGAAAUGUGUUGUGUAGACAAGUGUGUCUCGGUAAGCAGUAUUAAAUUAUUGUAGAGGUGACACAGUGGUUAGGUGCAGGGCUGCCGAGAGGGGGGGGGGGGGCAGACCCAGAACACCUGGGGGGGGGGGUUAAACACCCCCAAUCAGAUACCGGUUGGCACAGCCCGGGGGGAGGGGGCAAAUUUCCCCAGGCCCACACAUUAAUAGGGCCCCAACUUGAGAUCGAUAGCCUAAAAUUGAGUAGGUUCUUUAAAUUGGUCACUGGAGCAUUUUGAAAUUGAGGGCCCUUCACAGUAGCUCCUCAUGCAGUCUAGCUAAAGUUUAGUUGGGUGAUUGACCUGGGUCUAGCUUAAAAAUAAUGAUGUCAUGGGACAUUGGGUCCCCAUAGAAGAUUUGCCCCGGGCCCCACAAAUUCUCUUGGCGGCCCUGGUUAGGUGUUGUCUAGUUUAGGUUGAUAUUUCCACUAAACAAACGUUCUCUCUUUCAAUAUACAGAUGACACUUACUCACAGUAAACUUCUACAGCAAUGGAGGGAGCGUUCAGCUACGGGACAGGCCGAAGCUCGCAGAGUCCUGGCAGAAAUGUUGACACCUUCAGGCGGAGCAAGAUCAAACUGUUAUAAAUUUAUAUCAUGGGUCACUGGAUGUAGUCACAGCACCAUCGGCAGGGUCAAUGACCAGAUGAAGAAAACCGGUUAGUAACUGGUAUAUACAAAUUUUAUACAGCCAAGCAUCUAGUUUAUGCUCGGUUGUUAGCAGCACGUUUCAUUCUGAUGUUUAAUGCCUCGGGCAAGUCAGCCAAAAUGGCCAUAUUUAUAUAAGACAGUCUUUGAAGUCAGAGACAACAUAAAUGUCUGAGACGUCAAUUGUUUGGUAUAAAAUUAGACAAACAAAUAUAGAGUGGUUUGCAAACUUGGACGCACUCAGCAAAGAUUGUGGUCAUAUAUUUGAUAUUUUUGCAGUUUCAUUCUUAGUGUUAUAUUCAACUGUUCAUCUUGUGUUCGUAUUAUAGUGACACUUAACACAAGGCGUUUGUUUGUUUCAGUAACAGUUACAAAACAGCACAUGGUGGAGAACGUUAAAGUGCAUAUGACACGGAAUUUCUUAUUUUUUUAAAUGAAAGAAUUCUUUAAGCUGUAGUGUAACUUAUUUCUCAGUUUCUUAAUUGUUUUUAUGGUUUGUUCCCGAUAUAUUUCAAUUUGUUUGAUAUGUAAAUGAGUGUGAAUAUGUCCGCUAAUUUAUGACGUCAUGUUGGUUGCAAGCUCUUCAAAAUGGUUGAAUAUCACUGCUAUCAUCCAAGAUGAUAAUUUCAAACUUCACUCACUGGUAAAUGUGAUGAAACACUGUAGAUAAACGUGAACAGAUACCUACAGUUUUUAGAGUUAAUAGAUUUAUAACCAGUUGAGCUUGUAACCAACGUGACGUCAUAAAUUAGCGGACAUAUUCACACUCAUUUACAUACCAAACAAAUUGAAAUAUCUCGGGAACAAACCAUGAAAACAAGAAACUGAAAAAUAAGUUACACUACAGCUUAAAGAGUUCUUUCGUUUAAGAAAAUAAGAAAUUUCAUGUCAUAUGCACUUUAAAAUUGUUGACGCUUAUAAGGGCGAAUGAUUUCAAAUACAUCCCUCAAUUCUAUUUGUCACCAUCAAAAAAUAAUAUUGUUAUAUUGUUCUCUAACUGCUGGUUGACUAUUGUCUCAACAGACCUCAAAAUGAGACUCUACUUAAUACUGCAUGUUCAUGCUUGCUAAAACCAAUCUGAUUUCACUUAUCAAUGAGAAUCUCACAUUUGUUUUAAAAUCAAAUAUUUUCCCUUUAGGUGGGGACCGUGAACCCCCCGUGCAUGGCUUGAUCAAUUGGUGGAAAGAUCAUCCCAAACCAAAAAAAGUAAAGCCGAAGCCAGUGUCCCACAAUGCAGCUGCACAUGGCGUUCAAAUUCACCAUUUUGCAAAUGCCCAACUGCAAGCCUUACAACAACUCGGUAUCUUACAAGCAGCUACAGGGAAUGUUGCGAUUCAAGGGACAUUACUUUCCGGGCAGAACAACCCGCAAGUGAUAACCAUAAACCCCUCCCUAGGGCUGAAUGUGCCCACAACCACUCAGGCACAAGGCACGAGUCGACAGGUGGUGCUAACACCAACUCAACACACACAACUGCAAAUACAACAAUUACAACAGCAGCAACAACAAUUGCAGUUACAAACCAUGCAGCUACAACAACAACUUCAGCAACAACUACAACAAGAACAGCAAAUACACACCCAAAAUACCGAGCAAAACCAAUCAAUUAUACUCCCAAAUCAAGUCAUUUCAACCCCUGAUGCUCCCUGCCUUACCCUCACCCAAUCUCAUGACUUCUCUCAAGGCCCAUUCAUAAACGCACUCCACCCUACACCACAAGUUCAAACAGUUUGCCCGAGCAACGGGAGCCUGGGAGGCAGUUCCCAGUCCACAACAUUAUCAACAGACACGUUCCUAGCAUCAGAUACAUUGCAGAUUCUGAAUUCUGGCCAAGUACAGACUGUCGCGCCACAUGUAGUGACAUUGCAGUGCUCUAGUGAGCCGAGUACCACACAGGCUGUGCCUGUAUCACUAAUACAAACUCCUGUAACUUUAUCAUUGUAGUCAACAGGAGAGGUCUUUUCUUGUGAAUUAUAUAAAAAAUUGUUACCAGAAUUAUUAUAUUAAAAUAGCUUGAUAUUAA